AGCGGAAGGGAGUCACAGCUGAGAGAGUCCGGCGGAGGGCCGGGUCGGCGAUGGCGUCGAGCGAUGUGCGGGGCGUCGGGGCGGCGGCGGUGCUGAUGGAGCGCCCGGCCCCGGCACCGGCACAGCAGGCCACCGUGCUCAUGUCGUGCCGGGUGUCGGAGGGAGGUGGCGGGCAGAACUCGGCGCUCCGUCUGCAGCUGAGCAUGGAGCGGCCCGGGGAGUUCCGGCUGGGAGUGCGACACGGCGGCGGGCGGAGCCUGAGCCUGUACGAAUUUAAUUUGAAAGAUAUCAUCUAUGAGUUCAAGAGCAUGACGUGCCAUGGGAUUAGCACGCGGAGCCAGCCCACAGACCAGCUGAUCUACCACUUUGAGGACGAGGAGGAGGCUCAGAGGUGGUCGACCAUCAUUAACAGUUCUCUGAGAGAGGUUGAGAAAGCUAUAUCCACAGCUGGUCAACAGAACCACAGUCCCUCGCUGCAGACAGUGGCCAAGGGGAGCCCAAGGUUUGGGGAGGACCCACCCAGAGCAAGUGCAGACGUCCCGAAGCCAGGAAUAGACCUAGCCCAAACAGAGGAUCUGAGUUUGCGACUGGCCCGGGCAAUAGAAGCAGGUGAUUGUGCCUUGUCGUCAGAGUGCGCAGUGAUUCUCGCACGGCAGAAGGCUUGCCUGGGAGUCUCCCUAAAGGAUGUUUGCUAUCCAAGUCAGCAGAUCAGUCUGAGAGUCGGAGUGGAGGACGCCACCUCUUCUGCCACAAUUCUUGUGAAGAUCUUUCCCUACGCCACCAUCUUCACGUUAAAGCAGCAGGUAUUCCAAGAUUUUGGAUUCCACCCCAGCGUCCAGCGCUGGAUCAUCGGACAGUGCCUGGCGGCUGACCACAGGACUCUGAGCUCGUACGGGGUGAAGAGGGAUGGAGACCCAGCCUUCCUCUAUCUGCUGUCAGCCAAGAUGGCCGGCCUGCCACGGCAUCAGUACGAGGAGGACCAGGCCUUUGCUGUCAUGUCCAACGGGGAGCCGCUCACCGACCUCUUCAGAAGGGAGAGUCUUCCGGCCAGUGAGAGGAGGGGUUGUAACACGUUACCAAGCAGAUUACCUACAGUGAAAGCAGGUGGAGCAGCGUUGAUGCACAGGGAGGGAAGGAUGGACGCCAGUAACAAUGCCCAGUGUCUCAAUCUGGAGCUGCUGUCACAUCAGCCACUUGUCUCACAGGAGGCAAGGAGCCAGCCCUUGCAGCAGCCUUCUCCCAUGCUGCGGUCUGUGCAGAAAGGUUGGGCCUGCACACAGUGUACCUUCAUAAACAAACCCACCCGGCCUGGCUGUGAAAUGUGCAGCAAUCCCCGGCCGCAGGACUACGUGGUGCCAGACGAGUAUGCGCUCAGCGACAAGGAGUUCUGCCGUAUGCUGCAGGAGGAGGCGUUGCUGAGAUCACAGCAGGAGCUGGAAGAGGAGAGGCUGCGGAAUUAUGAGUAUCUGCUGCAGCUGGACGGACAGCAUCUGGUCACCAACCCUGAGCCACUGGAGUGUCCCAUCUGCCUGAGCAGCAUUGCACCGCAGGAUGGUGUGGUGCUGCGAGACUGUCUACACUCCUUCUGCAGGGAUUGCCUGAAACAGCUGAUCCGGACCUGUGCUGACCCUCAGGUGCCCUGCCCCUACCGCGACAGCAGUUACGCCUGUGACAGCAAGCUGCAGGAGCGCGAGAUCCGAGCGCUGGUGUCGGUGGAGACGUACAACAAGUUCCUGGACCGCAGUAUGUCGGUGGCAGAGAGCAGCAGCGACAACAGCUAUCACUGCAGAACGGCAGACUGCAAGGGCUGGUGCAUUUACGAGGACGCAGUCAAUCAGUUCCACUGCCCCUCCUGCGGAAAGCUGAACUGCCUGCUUUGCAAGGCCAUCCAUGAGGGAAUGAACUGCAAACAGUACCAGGACGACCUGGCGAUUCGAGCUGUCAACGACGCAGCCGCCCGCCACACCAAGGAGAUGCUGAAGACCCUGGUGCAGAGCGGCGAAGCGAUGCGCUGCCCCCAGUGCCGGAUCAUCGUGCAGAAGAAAGGAGGAUGCGACUGGAUCCGCUGCCCCGUUUGUCACACCGAGAUCUGCUGGGUCACCAAGAAAUGUCGCUGGGGGCCAGGGGGUCCAGGUGACACGAGUGGCGGGUGUCGCUGCCUGGUAAAUGGCCAGAAGUGUCACCCCCUCUGCCAGAACUGCCACUGAAGGGGAGUGGCCGGGUCAGCCCUCUGCUGUGCUCACCGGGGGACGUGGAUCGAGGGGGAUCCUCGCUGGCUCCAGAUGUCAAUCCAGCGGUGAACACCGGCAUAUCUGGCUACCGCUGGCAGCUCGAGCAGCAGAAGGAGCGACUGACUUUGGCAGCCAAUGCUUGCACACGAGUGUGAGUGUGUGUGUACGAACACCGAGGGGUGGGGAGGAGGGUGUAUCCACUGGGGCUUUGCCAGUGUGUGCUGUAUUGUUAAUUCUGGGAAGCUUGUUCAGAUCUCUGGGUGAGAGCAUCUUCCCGCACCCCUCCCAGGAGGCCGGAGCCUUGCCCGUGUUCCUGUGGAGGUUCCCAUCGGCCGGGGGGGGGGGAGGCGACCCGCACCCCUGAUCUGACAACAGUGAGGCCCAGGGGUGAAACUGCUUUUCCUGGCUCACAGAGGUUCACACGACAGAACAUUGUCCCCCUUCGGUUUGUCUGCAAUGUUCCAAUGGGGAACUGACCCUUCCCAGAUAACUGCCCUGUUCCAAGACAGCUUCAAACUGACGGCCAUCGCCAGGGCUCUACCUCCCUGUUGCAGAAAGAUUAUUUCCCUGUCCCCUCGUUCAUCUCUCUCUAUGCCUCCCACAGGCAGAUGCUCCGAUUAAACAGCAGCCAUGACCCCUCAUGCUCGCUAUCUCCUGACCUCUGCUCCCCUCCACCCCUGUAAGACGAACACUGUCCCCAAACUUCCUGCCCUUCAAAUGGUGGUUGUCCGUCAUGGCUGACAGUGACAGGAGACCUGUGUGGGAGAGUUUUUAAAGCGGAAAAGCUGCUGGACUCGCUCGACCAUGGAGCAGUUGUCACAGCUGGGGUCUUCCUUGGUCGCAGUGGGUGACCAUGAUUUCCAUGGAGCGUUGCAGAGCUGCCUUCCUGGCUGCUGGAUUCACCCACACGGUCCACCAGAACUGACAUCGCCUGCUCACCGAGGUACAGAGGCCCACCGGCGACCCUCACCUGCCUUCGCUCGCCCGUCCGAGUGGUGUGCUGGGCUGUAGCCAGUGUCACGUGGAGACACAGGUGAGAGCGGAGUGCCUGGUGGGGAGCCCAAGGGUGAGCGAGCUGCCCCAGGUAGGACACUUCACAACAGACCCCAUUCCUAACGCUCCCCCCAAUCCUGACAGUUAAUCUCACAGAUCCUGCCUGAGCGUUUCCAAUGCUUAUUUCAGGAUUCUAUUACUGGCCGUCUUUUCCCGCCUUUCACUUUGCAAAUAUUUACUGAACUGCUAUAAAACUGAAAAUGCUGGAAACAGUCAUGAGGGUGGGCAGCAUCUAUGGAGGGAGAAACUGUCAACGUUUCAGGUUGAAGAACUGAUUUAAGGCAGGAUUUUCCCUGCUUCUUACUACAAUCCCCGCCCCCCCUCAGCUCCCCUCCUCACUCCCUUGGCCUCACCUGUCACCUUCUGGCUGGUCCUCCUCCCCACCAUCAUCUUGUUCUGGAAUCUUCCCCUUCCUUUCCAGCCCUGAAGAAGGGUCUGGGCAUGAAAUGUCGACGCUUUAUCCAAUUCCACAGAUGCUGCCUGACCUGCUGUGUGUGUAGCUCUGGGUCCAGCAUCUGCAGAAUCUCCUGUGUUUACAAUGUUGUAUCUUUCUGCCGACCAUGAAGGGUAAUAUAUUUCAGUACCGACACCUUGAAUGUGCUUCUGAUGGCUUCAGCCGCCACCUCCGCCAGGUGUAACCGAGACAGCAGUGUCGGUUCAGGCUGCAGGUAGCCGAAUCGGGCAGAGGCGAAGACCACCAGUCUGAAAGGCUCACAGAUCUGCUGUGGUUAUUCACUGACUUCGGUUCGCUUCCGCACAUCCAGCCAGGCUCAGCUCUCAUCGGAAUGAAACUUUGAACACACAAGCUGAAAAAUAGAGUGUGGUUCAAAUACAACAAACAGACUUUGCACCAGAUCACUGUCUUGGAGCACUCACU